AUGCUUUUUCCUAGCCGUUGUGCUCAGGUGCGGAAGUCCAUCAGGCAGCAGAGGGUGGGGGCUGGAGAUGGUCUCCAGCAGACAGAGGAGAUGGCACUGCCUUCUCACCAUCUUGUGCUUGAUCUUCCUGAGGAGGAGCUUGAACAAACUGAAGAGGUGGCAUCGCCGUCUUGUCAGUCUGUGAUAGCUCACCCUCAGGAGGAUGCUGUACAGGAUGAGGGGAUUGCAGCGCCAGCUCCCAAGCCUGUGAUUGAUCUUCCAGAGAUGGAGCUUGAACAAACUAAGGUGAUGGCCGUGCCAUCCUCUCAGUUUGUAAUAGUUCCCUCUCAGAAAGAUCAUGGCUUUGCAUGGGCCUGGGAGAUGGUAUCGCUAUCUUCUCUGGCUGCUGGAGAACAUCCUUCCUGGCUUCCAUUUCGAUGCUGGCCGCCGCUGGAAGUGAUUCCCCAGGAUCAGCCACCACCAGAGGGGAAGUCAGACAUUGGACGCAUCAUUACGGCUACGGACUGUUUGGAGUGGAUGUUAGGGAUUGGGACUUUCUUUCUGUUUUAUCUCAUCUGCACACCAUGUCUGUCACAGCAGUCUCGCCUCAGUCCAGCUAGAGUCUGAAGUAAGUGAUUUCUUUGUCACUUCAGUAUUAUAUAUUUACAUGAUUGGUGGUGGGUUUUUUCUCUUUGUUAAGCUCACCUCAACACUCUUACAGAGCUUACAUUAUACUUGUAGCAUUUUGCGUUAUAUUUAGCUGUUGAUGUUCGAUAACCUACCGUUACAUGAGAUCUCGGUGUUUAAGGUCUCAUCCGGAAACGCGUUGAUUUUCACUUUUGAUGCCGGGUGCUUUGUGAAUGAACAGUCACUUAACCUUUGUUUACACCUUACAUUUGACGCGGCGCAGCGAACGAGAAUCGAACCUUCGAUCACGAAGUGGCUGUCUUCCUGUAUGAUCCGUCUACUGUGUUUCAUUUCACUCUGACUGUAUGUGCCUUACUUAACGUUUAAUGGGUUGAGGUGAGCAAGGUAAUCUUUGAUUACCUAUGUAUAUUUUCAUAUAUAA